AUGGAGCAAAAGAUGGAAUCUGCAUCGGAUCUGGGCAAGCUCUUCAUUGGCGGGAUUUCAUGGGACACAGAUGAAGAACGACUGAGAGAGUAUUUCGGCAAUUACGGAGAUUUGGUUGAAGCUGUGAUCAUGAGAGACCGUACCACCGGACGUGCCCGUGGCUUUGGUUUCAUCGUCUUUGCAGAUCCUUCUGUUGCAGAGAGAGUGAUCAUGGAGAAACACAUAAUUGAUGGCCGCACGGUGGAGGCGAAGAAAGCGGUCCCAAGGGAUGAUCAGCAAGUGCUAAAACGGCACGCUAGUCCAAUGCACCUAAUCUCACCUAGCCACGGUGGCAGCAGUCGGACAAAGAAGAUCUUCGUCGGAGGUUUACCGUCCAGCAUCACCGAGGCAGAGUUCAAGAACUACUUCGACCAGUUCGGUACAAUCGCCGAUGUUGUGGUGAUGUAUGACCACAACACACAGAGGCCAAGAGGCUUUGGCUUCAUCACUUUCGACUCCGAGGAGUCUGUUGAUAUGGUGCUUCACAAGACCUUCCAUGAGCUAAACGGCAAAAUGGUUGAAGUCAAAAGAGCAGUGCCUAAAGAGCCAACCGCAGCAGCGCCUGCUAACCGAAGCCCGCUUCUUGGGUAUGGUAAUAACAACUAUGGAGUAGUAGUCUCUAAUAGGCCAUCUGCUAAUAGCUACUUCAAUAGCUUUGCUCCUGGUUAUAACAACAAUAUAGGAGGAGGCUCUGCAGCUGCUGCUGCUGGCCGGUUUAGUCCUAUUGGUAGCGGUAGAAAUGCUUUCUCUAGCUUUGGUCUUGGUUUGAAUCAAGAACUGAGUUUGAAUUCAAGCUUUGAUGGGAACAGUCUCGGUUAUAGCCGGGUCCAGGGGAACCAAUACUUCAACGGUGCGUCGCCAAACCGUUACAACUCUCCUAUUGGGUACAAUAGAGGCGACUCUGCUUACAACCCUAGCAAUAGAGACCUGUGGGGAAACAGAACUGAUUCUUCCGGUCCAGGUUGGAACUUGGGAGUGUCUGCUGGUAACAACAGAGGAAACUGGGGGAUUUCUUCUGUGGCGAGCGAUGGUAAUGGCUAUGGGAGGAACUUUGGGAAUGGUAAUGGACUCUCUGCGUUGUCGUUCUCGAGUAAUGGAAAUGGUUUUGAUGGCUCUAUAGGGGAGUUGUACAGAGGCAGCUCUGUUUAUAGCGACUCGACGUGGCAGCAGUCGAUGCCUCAUCAUCAGUCUUCUAAUGAGUUGGACGGCUUGUCUCGCUCUUAUGGCUUUGGUAUUGACAAUGUAGGCUCAGACCCAUCUGGUAAUGCCUCUGAAGGUUACCCUGGAAGCUACAGUGUUGGGAAUAGACAAACAAAUAGAGGUAUGUAG